ACGACGGCCCUGGCGCCGCAAGAUGGCGUCGCGUGAAGGGAAACGACGCCGAGGCCGCCAUCUUGGGUGAGGUUUGCGAGGAGCAGAAGUGCGAGGAAGAGGUUUUCCCCUUGGCCAUGAGCUACGUGGACCGCUACUUGUCUUGCGUUCCCACGCCCAAAAACCGCUUGCAGCUUCUGGGGGCCGUCUGCAUGCUCCUGGCCUCGAAGCUGCGAGAAACGGUGCCUUUGACAGUGGAGAAACUCUGCAUUUACACAGACAAUUCCAUCACACCACGCCAAGUCUUGGACUGGGAAUCCCUAGUGCUAGGCAAACUCAAGUGGGACUUGGUGUCCGUGAUACCGAACGACUUCCUGGAGCACAUCCUCCACCAUCUCCCGCUGCCCCAGCAGAAAGCGGACGUGGUGAAGAAACAUGCACAGGUGUUCAUUGCUUUGUGUGCAACAGAUUACACAUUUGCUCUGUACCCACCGUCUGUGAUCACCAUGGGUAGCAUUGCCGUGGCCGCCCUCAGGCUCUCUCCUCCGUCGGAGCGUCUUUCUGGCGAGGUGCUCACGGAACUCCUCGCACACAUUACUGGCACAGAGGUGGACUGCCUGAAAGUUUGUCAGAAGACCAUCGAAGCGGCAGCUGUAGCGAAAAAUCUGAAACUGGCUUCCUAUUCUUGGCAAGAAUCCUGUUCCCGAUCCGAGACAACCAAGAUGUCAGCCUGAUCAGUGCUACGACUGGUGGAGGUUGCGGGCCAAAUUCAAGAAUUUGAAAAGCAAUCAGUCUUAGUUCCCCAGAUGGUUCUGGACUAUAACUCCCAUCAUUCCUGACCCUUGGGGUGAUGGGAGUUGUAGUCUGGCAACAUCUGGCAGUGUUAAAUGCUCUCGGAUUCCCACCACACACCAUAAUACAUCAUGGCGGCCACGUUCCAUAACCAGGAUCUCUGGCUUGUUCCUCUCCUAACAAGCCAGAAUCAUAAACCAGGUUUCUUUUUGGCUUAUGAUCCUGGCUUGCUAGGAAAGCAACAAAUCAAGGAUCUUGGUCCAGGGCAGCAUCCACUAGUAUUCCCAGCAAUUCUGGCUAACAGUGAUGUCAGAAGUAGGAUACUGAUAAAAGCUGACAUGUGUUAAAGGUUUGCUUUCAAUUGCUGUCUACAGACAAGCAUUAUCUGGUUACUUUCAUUUAAUCCAGAAUUGAUCUUCCUAGCAUUUAU